GGGCGGGGCCGUCCCGCGCGCGCGCGCGCCGCCGAGGGGUAGGGCCCCCUCGCCCCCGCCCCUUCCCACGCACCGACCCCGUCGCCCCCCGCGCGCGCACACUCGCGAGCCCCGGCGACAUGCAAAUGAGGUGGAACUGUUUUGCAGAAGGCUUAACUGAGGCUCAGAGAAGUGAACACUUUGCCCAAGACCACACAGACCCGGCUCCAGUGCCCAGACCCAAGCCCCCCACUGCUCAAUGGACACCCCCAGCCCAGACCCGUUGCCUUCGCCUUUGCCUGGGGAGGAAGAGAAACCUCUGGCCUUACCUCCUUCUGUUCCCCGGGGCCGCCGAGGUCGACGUCCCGGGGGGGCCACCUCCUCCAAUCGGACGCGCAAGGCCUGCCUCCCUCGCAAGCGGGGCCGACCCCCCAAGUCAGGGCAGGAGACCUCGCUGGCUCAGGGGUUGACAGUCCCCGUGGGCAGCAGUGGUGGCAGCGAUCUCCUGUUGAUUGAUGAUCAGGGUGUGCCCUAUACAGUCUCUGAAGGGUCAGUGGCAGGAGGUCCUGAGGGCUCGGGCCCUAGGAAGGCUCCGCACUUCUGCCCGGUGUGCCUGCGGGCCUUCCCCUACCUCUCGGACCUGGAGCGCCAUAGCAUAUCGCACUCUGAGCUGAAGCCGCAUGAGUGCAAGGACUGUGGCAAGACCUUCAAGCGGUCCAGCCACCUGCGGCGGCACUGCAACAUCCAUGCCGGCUUGCGGCCCUUCCGCUGCCCACUCUGCCCCCGCCGCUUCCGCGAAGCGGGCGAGCUGGCCCACCACCACCGAGUCCACUCCGGGGAACGCCCCUACCAGUGCCCCGUCUGCCGGCUUCGCUUCACGGAUGCCAACACGCUCCGGCGCCAUGCGAAACGCAAGCACCCCGAGGCCAUGGGGGUACCCAUGUGUCCCCCGGACCCAGGACCUGAGCCACCGUGGGACGACGAGGGCAUCCCAGCCACAGCAGGGGCUGAGGAGGAGGAGGAGCGGGAGGGGAAAGAGCUGGCUUGACCCACAGACCGGAUCACCCCUCCCUGGGCCAGGUUUACAGCUGGUGGUUCAGUUGCUGCUCCACCUGGGCAGGGAGGCCGAGACACCCUCAUGUCUGGUGGUCUUACCAUUGUGGGAGGGGGUUGUGGGUGAGCACCUAAACUUCCGGACCCUGCUGCCUUCUGCCACCCUCCCCUGGACUAACAGGCCCUUCGAGGCAAAGGCUGUGGAAAUAAAUCUCUGCCUCUGGCUUCUGGUGUGU